GACUGAAAAAGCGUUGCGCUUUGGUCAACCGUUUAGUUCAGUUUAGGCGUAGUCAUUGUACGAAUUGGUCAUUCGAAAUGGUCAAAUUUAUAGAAAAUCUAAAGGAUAAAAUCACAGCGGAGCAUGUGGCCAUAUUCUUUGGCCUGCUGUCCACCUGUCUGAUCGUCGCCCUGGUCACUGUUGUGGUGCACAGCGACAAUCUGCGGAUCGAGCUAGCCGAUGCAAGAGAGAAACUUGAUGUUUUGGAGGAUUACAUACAGAACAAAGACCUGUCUAGCCAAAGAAGUCAGUUUCCAACGCAUUUACGCAGUGAAUUUUAGUUCCUAAAGAGCCUUUAACAAAAUAUGCCCAAUAAAUAAAAAACGUCUCGGCAUA